AAGAUCUCCUUUUACUCCUUUAGACUUUAGAGCCAACGGUUACAUCCUGCAUUUCCUCAACCACCGAAAACAACCCCCCAACAGCGCGUGAGUUUCCAACUCAAUCGUACAGCCAGCUUGCACAGUACAUAAUCAUCAUUUUUUGUCACCACCCCACCGCGCGUAUAAAAAUAAUUCAUCCAUUCCGUCUCUUCUUCCUCCUCCUCUCGCGAAGCCCUAGAAAAUUCACAUUCUACCAUUCCAGAGCCCGAAUUUCGCAGAGCCUAGAUCUCCUCUAAAUUCACCCCCGAUUUCGCUGAUAAACCCAUUAUUCGCUAGCCCAAAGCACUCCGUUUCCUUCGAACUUGGCUUUCCAAACCCUAGAUCUGACCCACAUUUCCAAUUUUUUCAUAAAUUGGAAAUUUUACUAAAGAUUAAUUGACCGAUUGAGUGAUUGCCGUUAAAAUUUCACGUAUGGUGGGCAUGGGAAGGGUUGAAAACGAGGCAAUUAACAAACCCUCUUCAUCGUCCUCGGCUUCAUCAUCUCCGGCGACGACUACGUCGACGUCGGUGACGGAGACGGUGAAUGGCUCUCACGAUUUUAAGAUCACGGGAUAUUCGUUGUCCAAGGGGAUUGGGAUUGGGAAGUACAUCGCUUCUGAUACGUUCAUGGUAGGUGGGUAUUCGUGGGCGAUCUAUUUCUAUCCUGAUGGAAAGAGUAUUGAAGACAACUCCACGUAUGUUUCGUUGUUCAUUGCCUUAGCGAGCGAAGGCACGGAUGUGAGGGCGCUUUUUGAGCUGACGUUAAUUGAUCAAAGCGGUAAGGGUAGGCAUAAGGUGCAUAGCCAUUUCGGGAGAGCGUUGGAGAGUGGGCCCUACACUCUUAAAUAUCGUGGAAGCAUGUGGGGAUAUAAGCGAUUCUUCAAAAGAACUGCUUUAGAAACAUCAGACUACCUGAAGGAUGAUUGCCUGCAAGUUCAUUGCUGUGUUGGUGUUGUGAGGUCCCGCACCGAAGGACCUAAAACUUAUGCCAUCCCUCUACCACCAUCAAAUAUUGGACUACAUUUUGGACAACUCCUUGAAAGUGAGAAGGGUACUGAUGUAAACUUUGAAGUUGAUGGAGAGAUAUUUGCUGCUCACAAAUUGGUACUUGCUGCGAGGUCACCUGUGUUCAGAGCACAACUCUAUGGUCCAAUGAAGGAUCAAAAUACAGAGCAUAUAAAAGUAGAAGACAUGGAAGCCCCUGUUUUUAAGGCUCUUAUUCAUUUCAUUUACUGGGAUGUGCUGCCGGACAUGGAAGAACUCACAGGAUUGAACUCAAAAUGGGCAUCGACCUUAAUGUCUCAACAUCUGCUUGCGGCUGCUGACCGUUAUGGGUUAGAUAGGCUCAGGUUGCUCUGCGAGGCUAACCUGUGUGAGGAAGUUGCUAUUAAUACUGUUGCAACAACUUUAGCCCUGGCUGAACAGCACCACUGUUUCCAGCUGAAAUCCGUCUGUCUCAAAUUUGUUGCCAUGCCAGAAAAUCUAAGAGCUGUUAUGCAAACCGAUGGUUUUGACUAUUUGAGAGAGAGUUGUCCUCAUGUCCUCACAGAACUAUUGGAGUAUGUUGCCAGGGUAAGUGAACAUUCUGGCAUUGCCAGCAAGCUAGGGAAUGAGGUUAUCCUUGAUGGCGGCGAUGUUAACGGCCGGCGCGUGAAACAAAGAUUAUAAUUGAAGUUCUGAAUGCCAAAUUGUGGUCGUUUCUAGGAUAGGAAUAUUUUUCAUGAUGAAGCCUGUAGUUUGACAUAGAUGUAAAUUUGGGUCUGUCAAUGUCAUUGAUAUUGUAAUCAUCUAUAAUAAUAUCUUGUUCCUAGUAAUAUGUAUUUGUGUAUGGUUCCCGCUACUUGAAGCUCUUGAUACAUUUCCCAAGAGACUCGGCUUCUAACUCUUUGUUGAUAAGGUUUUCUCUUUAUUCCCUCUACU